AUGAGCAAUCAUAUUUUACAGUCAACUAAGGCGCUUUGGCCUGCUUUAGCGAAUUAUGUCAAUCUUUAUCAUGUAAUAAUCGCAUAAUGUACUACAAGUAUAUAACUUAGUGAAGUCAAUCUCUCAGGUUGCAACAUCAACGUAUACUUUGCAAUUGAGUUGGCCAAUCUAGUAUAGAAGAAUACUAAUAUUGAAGUAUUGCAAUUAGCAAGUUGCAAGUUGAAUUCAUUCUCACUAAGCUGCAUCUUUAAAGCGAUGAUCGAUCAUACCGGAUUGGCUCAAUUGAAUUUAUUUAAUAAUCAAUCCUUUACUCCAACUGUUGUACAAGACUUCAUUAAGUAUGUUCUUAAAGGCAAGAAUCCUUUGAUUGAAAUCAAUAUAAGUCAUUGCAACAUCGAAAAUGCUUAAUUAUCUAUGAUACUACCAAAUUUGAAAAAUCUCAAAUCACUUAAGAGAUUAAAGAUGGGCUUAAUGAGCUUGAGUUCCGAGUCACUGCUAGCACUUUCCUCAGCGAUGCUACAUUACACAGGUAAAAGAUUCUUAGACUAUCUUGAUCUAUCAUUUUGCUAGAUAAAGAAUCAUGGGCUUGAAUUACUUAAUAAAUCUCUCUAUUUAUCAGUAAUAACCUCUAUUAAUAUUAAAUCCAUCAAUUUAUCCGGCAACCACAUCAGUUAGGAUGGAGUGGUUCAUUUGGAACAGAUCCUCCUAAAAUUAAACAUUGAAGAAUUGAAUUUAUCAAGAAAUAAGAUCUAAGAAUUUUAGAACUAAUAAGUCCUCAAUAAGUAAUUAUUGAGGGUGGAUCUAUCAAGCAACAUUUUUGAAGAAAUCCCCAAUAACUUCUUUUUGAACGUAUUAUCAAUUAAUUUAUCAAACAAUCAGAUCAAUACUCAAGGAGCCUAUUAAAUUUCUUAAGUACUAUCCUAUAAGAAGGUUCAAUGGGUGGAUCUCAACAUUAACAAUAAUUGCAUUAAAACAAGAGGCUUCAUUUCUCUAAUCUACGCCUUAAUUGAGAAUAAAUCUUUAACCAAUCUAUCGGUAGCAAAUAAUAAAAUUAAUGGCGAAGGAAUCCUUGUUUAUAUCUUUAAUCACGAACAAUUGAAUCUUUAAUACUUAGAUCUAUCUCAUAAUUACUUAAGGUAUGAUUUGGUCUAUGCUUUGAUAUCUAUGAUGAAAGAAUGUAAAUUAAAAACUUUGGUGCUAUCAUAAUUGAGACAAGAUGAAAAUGAAAUUCAUAGUGGCAAAAACGAAUUAUUUGAAAUUAAAUGUGCUAAUCUUAGAGAAAUUGAUUUUUCCUGUAAUCCAUAGAUAAUCAUGCCCAUUCUUAAAAGUCUAUCUAAACAGUAUAAUCGUCUAGAAUACUUAAAUCUAAACAAUUGUCAAUUGAUUAAGAAACCAGAAAGAGAAUCUCUAUUUAAGAAAUCAGAUACCUAAACAUUAGAUAUAAAGAAACCAUAUGAUGCUCAUGUGAGGAAAUCAGACACUUUGACAAUAGAUUUGAAGAAAUCAAGUGAGGCUAAAUUUUUGAUUUUCGAUGAACCAAUUUUCAUAGAUCAAACAGAUCAAAAAAACUCAUAGUAACAAAAUAACCAAGUAUUAGAAUGCAUUUAUAAUCUAUUAUCAAAGACCUAUACACUUUAAACUUUGUGUUUAGCGAAUAACAAUUUGCAUUAUUUAAAUGAAAAUGAGUUGAAGCAAUUGGAAGGCUGCUUUGCUAAUAAUUUUACGUUGCUCUCCCUUGAUUUAUCAAAUAACAAGUUAAAAUCUAAAAUUGUGUUUUUGGUAAAUGGAUUAAAAAACUGUGGUUCUUUACGCUAUUUGAACAUAAGCAAUAAUCAGAUUGAAGAAGAUUAUGAGGUAAUAAUUAAAUUGCCUGAAAUUUUCAAGAAUCCAAGUUUGCAAUACAUUGAUUUAUCAUUGAAUUCUAUUCAUAGUGCCACUUUUUAGAAUAUGAAAAAAAUACUAUUAAGAUAGUAUAAGUAAUUCCCCUAGAUGAAUUUGAGCUAAUUAAAAUUAACAGCAGAUGACCUUGUUAGCAUCAGUGAAAUCAUACGCGAAUCUUACUCAAUUAGAAAAUUGGAAUUGUUUGGCAAUCAGUCCAUUGAUUAUUUGAAUAAUGUGCUGGUGUAUGGAGACAAUAAUAAGGUUGAGUCUCUGUCCAUAAACAGAUUGAAGUUGAGAAGAGAUAUUUUUGAAAAUCUCUUUUAGAUAUUGGUUUAAAAUCAAAAAUGGAUGAGAAUCAUAGAAAUAUCAAACACUUUAUUAAAAAAUUAUCAAUUGAAGAAAUUGUUAGAGCAAUUAAAAUAGAUGCAUUCUCUGAAGGCACUAAUAAUGGACAAUUAAUAUUUCGAUAACAAAGAAGUGAUUGAUUCCUUGAAAGAAUUGUUUCGAUCGUUUAAGAAAUUGAAAACCUUAUCGAUUCGAAAGUCAACUCUCUCUGUUGAAUUUUUUGAAUUCCUCUAUCAACUAUUAUCGCAUUCUAAGAACUUGGAAGAACUGGAUCUUAGUAGCAAUCAAAGCAACGAUUAUGAACACAAAUGCAUCAUCCCCAAACAAGGUAUUGAACUACUUUCAUAGGGGAUUCAAAUUACUUAAACUCUCAAGAAUCUUAAUCUAUCGAAAUGCUAAUUAGAUGAUGAAGUAAUGCAGAUAUUCAUAGACACUCUACCUUUGAAUACCUCAUUGAUUCAACUAGAUAUCAGUGAAUGCAAUCUCACAAAACUAAGCUUCCUAAGAUUUAAAAAAAACUUCAGCCAAAAUCCUUCGUUAUUACAAAAACUAUGUUGUUAAUUGAUGAUUGAUGAGAUCCCCAAUAAUCUUGUUAACAGUUAGAGUCUACCCAAUUUAUUCUAUCUUGACAUCUCCAAAAAUAAGUAAAAAAAUAGAAGUAUCGUUAAAUUAGUCCAGUGUUGCUAACCUAAUAAUAUCUUCUAAAAUCUCUUCUUCCUUAAUUUGGAAUAGUGUCAUCUCAACGAUCAUCAUUGUAAAGCUUUAAGCAAAUUAAUCGUAACCAAUUUGAAGGAGUUGCAUCUUAGUCAAAACCAAAUCACCUUUGUUGGAUUUAAAGACCUGUUUGACCCUAUCUUAGAGGGAAAUUCCAAACUCAAAGCCUUAAAUUUGUCAAAAAACAAAAUCAAUGAAGAAUACUUUUGCUAACUCGAAUACAAGGAACUAAAUAUGAGAAUCGAUUCUCUAGAACUGUUGUCUCUUGAUGGUAAUUUCUGUUAUGGCAAGGGUUGCAAAGGAUUUAUAAAACUCUUAUCCCAAAAUCCCAAACUCUAUAUCUUUAACCAUUGGCUGAACAUUAAUGACUAAUUGGCUUACUUAGUAAUUUAGUCUUACAUUCAGUUCACUUAAUUGUACAACCUAAAAUAUGGUUAGCAUAACUACAUACAAUAAUUGAUUAUAAAGGAGACUGAUUUCUCAGAUGACUUUUUAAUUUGGUUUGGUUACAACUAUUUUCAAUUGCCCUAUUUGUAAUACAUAGAUUUCUCAAGCAAUACAAGGUUCUGUACAAGCAUGGGAAAGAUGCACAUGUAUAUUAAUAUGAUAAACAAUCAAGUCAAUUACAAUUUGCUUCAAGUUAAGUUUGAUGAAGUCGAACAACAAACCCUGACUAUGUUCGAUGACGGAUUGAUUAGGUUCCAUCUGCUGAAAUAGAAAUUUCGAUUUCAAAAUUACACCAUCAUGUAAAGCAGUUAUGGCAUCAAUGAUCAAAAUAUCGAAACCAUAAAAUGGGGGUUCAUUGGGAAAUUCAUAAUUCACAUAAUAAACAAACUGUUAUAUCUGUUUUAGGGAUCUCUAACAGAAUUCAGGAUGAGUAGUUAACUAUAGAAACACCUGAGGAGAAAAAUGAACAGCAUGAAAAUUUACUACAUAUUGGGUUGUUUGGUAGAGCCAGUAUUUAUAAUUUUGGCACUUCUUACAGCAUUCAUGUUGUAGACUCCUUUGUCUUUAGAGGACUUGUAAGACCAUAGAAAUUGUCGAAAUCAAUAUUGCUUUAUUAACGACGUGUAAAUUCUCACUUUGACUUUGUUCAUAGUGGAUAUUCUCGUAAUUGUGAUGUGCAGUGUAACUAACAUGAUUAUAGCAAUCAAGCUAAGGAUUAAUUCAGAGCCAGACUUCUACAUUUUGACUUACGAAUAAAAGAAGGAAUUAAAAAGGAAAUUCCCAAUAAAAAAAGAGUUGCUACUAUUGAUGCUCUAGAUACUACUGUAAUGCAAGUACAUUUUCGACACUCUAAUCAUAUCAUCCAGUUACAACAUGUCAAGUUACAUUGAGAAAUAUGAAGACAAUUCCUUCUAAUAAAUUAAAACUAAUUUCUUAGCAACUGCUUACAUGAUGACUGUAAUGAUAUGCGUUAAAUUCACCAUUUUUUGUUAUCAGGAUGUGAAAUGCACUAUCCAAUUUUUUAAACAUCCAAAUAAGGAUGCUUCAUUUCUCUUGUCAAAUAUGUGGAUCAAGAAUAUCUAUGAUACCAAUAUUCUCGUCGAGAAUGUGAUCAGCAAUUUCUGUCCACAAUCGGGAAUUAAAAUAAGAAAUAGUCUAUUUAAUUUGAAACAGAUUUAUUAGCUGACUUAAUUAUUUGUAAUUGAGUUACCCACCUUCUUCAUAUAUCUAUUCUUCUUUAAUAACUACUAACUGAUGUUUUUGAAAAUGGGCUACUAAACAGUAAUCACAGUCACAAUAAUAUUUCAAGUCAUUGGAAUGAUACGCAAUAUUAUCAAGGGUCUCUGCAAUGCCUAUUGGGCCCUAGUGUCGAGACCUCCAGUUGUGAAAUGGUUUGAUAUCAAUGAAUUCUUAUUGUUACGAAGAUAUCAGCAUUUGGGAGAGAAGCGAUUGAUAACUCAGUAGUCCAUUAAAUAGAAGAAGCAAUUCAACAGCUUCAAAAAUAUAAUAAAGAAGAAGCAGAUGCAGAAUCAACAAAUAACAUAGAAAUCAAAGAGUGAUAGAAUAAUAGAGAAACGAAAAACAUCCAGAAGAGCCAGUGAAGAACAUGAAGAAGAAGCAGAUUACUUAGUUAAAAAAAGCCAGAUUACAACAGAAAAUAUGUAUAUAGGAACUCUUAAUACUAAAAUGAAAUCAGACUGA